AUGUCGUUUAUAAUAAAUGAACGCAGAUGUCUUCUGUGCGAUGUCAAUUUCGAAGAUGAGACAUCGCACGAACUCCACUUACAGUGCGACAGACAUAAAAUUCGACUCGAGUACGUCAAACACAAGGAAAGAACGAUCAUCAAAUCUUCAGACGAAUUAGUCCUCGAAAUUAUGGAGACUUGUACUGAGAAAAAGUCAUCGUUAUCCAUUGAAACUAGGCCAAAGACAAACAUUGAGGUUAAAAUGAAUUUAAUGAACAAAUCGUCAUCUGUAAUGACUAUAUUGGAAGUUUUUCAAAUGAAUCCACAUGUGACGGAUAUCACACUCAGUACGCAAGUCGAAAGAGAGAUUGUUUUGGCGCCUUCCCAAAACACCGUUGUUUCUUUAAAUGGGUAUUUUGAAAAUAGUGCCUCGUUCACCUUUCCUCUCAUUAUAGUAAUCAAAAAUGGAAAUGGCACAAAGGAAUUCAUCGUAAAAGAAAUUCCAAUCGAAGUUAUUUCAGAAUUCUCACAUCUGAAAGGAAAUUCAAACUAUACUUGGAAGAGGGUCAAAAAUAUACCAAUUCCUCAAAGAAAAGAAUCAAUAAUCCCAGGGAUAAAACCGGAUCCGUAUCCCACGCAUUACAAGGAAUCCUUUCUUCUGCAACCUUUCAAAAUAUCGCCUUCUUUCGAACUGCAGCUGACGGACCUGAUCAAUGCCUUUCCCGAUUUCAUCAAGAAAGGAAUUCCCCUAUCACAAAAUCGUCCCUACGAUGUAUAUUGCUCCAUCCUGAAAAUCUGCCCAAGGAUUACUAAGGAUAAUUAUCAUGCGACGUUCUCCAAGCUACUGGACAUUGAGGAACAUCAAAUGAAAAUUGACAUCAGAGACUUUGAUACAAAAUCCGAACUGACAGUUGUGAAAGGAGGUUCUUUGUAUGAUCUGAAGGUUCCAGGUCUUGCAGAAGCUCGGCCAUCUCUUUUGGUACACGAUUCGGUGUACAUCAGAGAGAACAACAGUGAUUCAUACAAAUUUCAGGGAAUUGUGCAUAAAGUUCUGGAAACAUCAGUGAACUUAGGAUUGAAUCGCAAGUUUUCCCAAUCCUUCAUUGAUAAUAAGAAGUACUUCAUUGAAUUCGGUUUUAACAGACGUUCAAUACGAGUGGAAAAACAAGCAGUUCACCUCGCAAACGAACACGGAAUCAUUCCAUAUUUUUAUCCAACACAUCCAGAAUCUAACCAGUCGGAUUAUUCACACGAUAUUGUGUUCUUCAAUCGAGAUUUGAAUGAAGAACAAAAGGCAGCAGUGCGGAAUAUUCUGGCUCCCAAAUCCGUGCCGUAUAUAAUUUUUGGACCCCCAGGAACCGGAAAAACUGUAACAGUUGUUGAAAGUGUCCUUCAGAUUUGGAAAAAUGAACCGACCUCCAGAAUCAUGGUUUGCGCCCCUUCCAAUGCAGCAGUCAAUGAGGUAGCUGCUCGGUUAGUUGAUAAAAUACCCCAAAUGGACAUUUUCCGUCUCCUUGGGAAUAUUUAUGGCCACUCAGCUGACAAGAAAAUGGAUAAACUCAAACCGAUCAUCAAUGUUCAGGCUGACGGCACAUUUUACAUGCCGUCUAUGGACCAACUACUCAAAUACAGGGUGUUAGUGAGCACUAUAGUAACAGCAGCAAAGAUUGUCAACGGAGGUGUUCCGGAUGGACACUUCAGUUACGUCUUCAUAGACGAGAGUGGGUAUGCAACAGAAACCCAAACGCUUAUUCCAAUCGCUGGAAUCUUGUCGAAUGCAAAAGGAAAGGGGAAGGUUAAUGGAAAAAUUGUUCUCGCCGGAGAUCCCAAACAGUUAGGCCCACUUGUGCACUCAAAUUUCGUCAAAUAUUGUGGAUACGCAAAGUCGAUGAUUGAAAGAUUGCUGGACACGUGUGAUAUAUAUGCAAGAGGGACAGACGAGUCAUAUGACCCGCGUUUCGUGACGAAACUCAUCAAAAAUUACAGGUCGCACAAAAUCAUUCUGGACGUACCAAACAGGUUAUUCUACCACAACGAACUGAUUGCUGCCGGCGACGACUUCACCAAAUGUUUCAUCGGAUGGGAGCAUUUGAGAAAUGAGAAUUUCCCAGUGAUGUUUCAACAUGUGGAAGGCGUUGACGAAAGAGAAAAGGAUUCUCCUAGCUUUUUCAAUAUCCAGGAAAUAGAAGAAGUCGUAGGAUAUCUGGGAAAAUUGGUGGGAAACCGUGUGAAAGGAAUGCAAAUCACACAGGAUCAUAUCGGUGUUAUAACUCCUUAUAAAAAACAGGCUGAAAAAUUACGAAAUGCCUGCAGCAUAAAAAAAUGGAACAGUCUGCUUGUGGGAUCAGUCGAACAGUUUCAAGGAAAGGAGCGGCUCGUAAUAGUAAUAUCGACGGUUCGAUCGAAAAACGCCAACAAAUUCGAAGAGAUAGAUAAAACGUGCCAGUUGGGCUUCCUGAAGAAUCCAAAGAGAUUCAACGUGGCUCUGACGAGAGCAAAAGCUUUGCUAAUCGUAGUUGGCAAUGCGAACGUUUUGAAAGCCGACACAAACUGGUCCAGUCUGAUCAAAUAUUGCGUGGACAAUAAAUCGGUAGCUGGAAAACCGUUCCAAAUAUAAUGCAAUUUAGAAUUGAUCAGAAUGAAUGGAAAGAGGAAUUCAGUGAAAUGAGUCGUUUUUAAUGGAUUGCUCUCAAGUGUUUUGUACUGUAUUAUUGUUCGUAUUUAUUAACUGUGAUUUUUAUUGUAUAUUAUCGUUUAUGUCAGAUCACUAGUUUAAUAUAUUCAUGAACUUUUU